CUAAUAGGUACCACAACUACGCCGAAUUGCCAGUGGCCGCUGGCUGCAAUGAACUUAUCAUCCAUUGAUAGGCCUGUUUUCCAGGUGGAUCAAUACAUCUGAUAACCGUGACUCCAUCAACGAUUCGACGCACUACUAGGAUGAAUCAGGCUCUACUUGUCCCCGAAGUUCUCCUAGAUAUCUUUGCGCAUUUGAAUCAAAUCGGGGAACCAUCAUAUGGUCGCGAGACAUUGUUGUCUCGGCAGUCUCUUGCAGCACUUGCAAUGACAUGCAAAACCUUCUACGAGCCUGCAAUGGAUUUUCUUUGGUCCAACAUGAGUGGGUUACUACCACUGCUAGGCUGUGUACCAAGGUUACAUCCAAUGAUAUACCCUCGUGCUCAGCAAUCCUGGUCUCGCGGAAUCGAGCCAUUAUCUGAGCACGAGCGCAAUCAAUUUCUCCGUCAUUCCGCUCGUGUGCGCUUCUUCAAUGUUUCAUCCGACGCCGAUUUUCACCUCCUUCAUGCAUUCCCCUUCGAUACAUGCGUGUUUCCAAAACUGCAAUCAUUGUCCUGGGUGGUUGUUUUCACAAGAUACUUGCACUUUUUUCUAUCCCCUACGUUACGCAACUGUUACAUCGCACUCGUUCAACCAGAUCUGGCUCAGAAGUUUAUCGGGACCCGUUGUGCUAAUCUGGAGGACCUUGACAUCGUGACAAUGGGGACCAUGGCACAGGCUACACAUCUAUCCGAAACCAUCUGUUCAUGCACGGGACUAAUACAUCUGCAAUGUCCACCGCUCGACUCAGCAGCAUGGAAGCACCUCUCCACUGUCCCCACCCUUCUCACAGUAUCGAUAUAUCAAGAAAGCUUUCCAGGUCCCCCGUCCAAGUUGGACAUGCACAAUCUCAGUUCGGCAACUUUCCUCAACGUAACGACUCUUCGUUUCAGUUAUGCAUCAGUGGCAGACGUUACCGCGGUCAUACAACAUUCAGAAUUCCCCUCGCUAAAAGAAUUCGAGUUAAUUGUCCACGUUUUACCUGUGGUAGAAGCUCUGCCGCUUUUACAUGCACUGUCUCAGUGCAAAGCAUGCCAUACCCUGGAAAACAUCGCCAUUUCCGACGAUAAUACAGAAAUUGAAGAGCACCCAGACGACAUCGCCAUUUACGACGAUGAUACAGAAAUUGAAGAUCACCCGGGAGACUCAUUAGUAGUCACUAGGGAGCUUCUUGGUUUCACGCAGCUGCGAACCCUCCGGAUCUUUGUCCAUUGCCCCAUCUACCUUGACAACGACAUUCUUUGCGAAGCCCUCUCAAGUUGGCCAAACCUUCGCAGUUUGUGUCUGUACGACCACCAUCCUCGUCCACCUAAAGUCACGUUCCGCGGAUUAUUCGCAGCGCUCCGUCUAUGUCCUGACUUGCAUACACUGCGAGUAGGAGUGGAUGCUAUGAACAUUGACAUCGAUCCUAUCGAUCCUACAGCCGAAUCAUUUCAACAUACCUCCUUAAACCAAUUGACCAUAUACCCCUCUCCUGUAGGGGAUUCCGAAGUUGUCGCUCGCAUCAUUUUCUUCAUGCUCCCUAACGUUCACCAUAACACGUACCUCUCGAGCUUGUGGGGUGACGUCAACGCGCGUCUCAAAUCUCUCAAAUCUUCUUCUAGCUUGUCUACAGGUGAAAACGGUGACUGACGAGUGAAGAGGCAGAAGUGGGGCAAACAAAGCGAUGGUAUUAUUGAUCCGCCAGACCGUGAUGACGACUGUCCAUGUCAUAGUACCAACGACGGCCACAGCUUCAGUAAGCAGGCUAGUUUCAACUUGUUCAUGAUGCAGUUAGUUUAGAAUCAUUAAUUCUCAUAUGACCAGCGUUCAACGCAUCUUUCCUCGUAGUCUCAGACUAGACGUUCUGG